AUGCCCGCUUCUCUCAAGUAUUCCUCCGAGUUGAUAAAUUCCAUGGAAGUCCUUCAGAUCUCAGCUUAUAUCGACACCGCAUGCUUCGCCAUAUUGUUCUACGAUUACCUGCUUACAUUGGAGGACGAGCGCACGUUAAUAUGGCAGUCAAAUUGGUCUCUCCCUAAAGUGGUGUUCCUCGUCACUCGCUAUCUUCCUUACAUAGAUCUGUCAAUAACUGCUAUGCGUCACUUCAAAGCCAUGACUCCCGAUGCAUGUCAACGGAAUUAUAAGGCUGGCGGGCUGGUCAUCGACAUGGGAAUUUGCCUCGCCGAACUCAUUCCCAUCCUCCGGACAUGGGCAAUAUGGGGACAAAGCCGAACUAUAACGAUUGUGCUCUUCAUAUGGAGUGCUAUUAAUUUCGGCACCGAUCUUGUACUCGUCGCCCUCUAUUUCAAUUCCGUCAGGUUCACAUCACUACCAGUAGGGCUUUCUGGCUGUCUAGUUAGCAAUGGCAAUUCUCUUCUUGUCGGAGCGUGGGUCAUUCUCAUGGUGUUCGAGGCUGGCGCAAUCUUUUACGUUUAUAUAUUUGCACUCUCCGUCGCAAACGUGAUUGUUAUCGCGAGCUUCCCGCGUGACUUCGCAGCACUACUUGCAAGUGUUGAACGCGUCGCACAUGCGGUCCUCAUGGAACGACUGGUCAUCACACUCCGCAAAGCGGCAAGGCAUGAGUUAGAGGAAGAAGACCUGACCAGACUUGAUACAAUGCGGUUUGAACAAGACCAAAGAAGACCUAUUGAGACUGAAGCUGGGACUAGCACCUUCGUGUCAUCUUUUGUUGGAGAUUGGACUUGUCCCGGUCCUUCAACUUCCACGGCUUCUCGAAACGAACCUGCUAAGGAUGAAAGAAGCGGUGGAUGCGAUGCUUGA